GUUUUCCUCAAAUCACUUUCACCAAUUGCGCUGAGGAUCACCUCAGUUAAGGUGUAUUUUUUUCCCUCAACUCAGUUGAGUUGUUACAUUAAUAAUAUCGCGCAUUUUCGCGGAAUUUUUACGUAAUGUUUGUACGCAAUAAAAUAUCUGUCGUCUGUUUGUUAUUUCUUUGUAAAAUGGCUGAAAAAGAUAUACUUGGGUUAAUAACAGCGGGGAAAAGGAAACGGGGGGCUAAUUGGACAAGUGAAGAGGAGAUAAUUCUAAUAGAAGAGGUAAUGAAAUUUGAAGAUCGGUUGUUUGGGAAAAUGAAAGGGGCGGGGAUCAAGGGAAAGCACGGGAAAAUAAAAGAAGAGACCUGGAAUUCCAUAGCAGACACUUUGAACUUACAAUUUAAAAAUGACAGAACAUCUGAUUCCAUCUACAAAAAGUAUGACAACAUCAAACAAAGAGCGAAAGAGAAAAUUGAUGGCUUACGCCGACCAAAGACAGGGGGAGGUCCACCAACGGCGCCCCUUACGCAAGCGGAGGAAGCCCUGUACCAAGCAAUGGACACACGACCCAAUAUUGUUGGAUUGGUCGGGGGCAUUGAUUCCGAUGAACCAACGUCAUCUGUCCAAUCGCUGGCUGGUAAUGAGACCACGUGCACUGGUGAUGCUUCAGCUUCUUCUGAAUCUUCAGCUAGCAAGACAUUUGGAUUAUCUUCAAACAGGAAGAUGGGCGAGAUACCUAUAUAUUUUUGUUACAAGUAAACGGGUAAAUACCGAAGUGGAAAAC